AUGUCACCAACGGCACUCAGAAAUGUCGAUUCGGUCGAUAUCGUGAACAUUCACCAAAGUGAUAUGGAGUUUUCCUUAGUGGACGAAAUCUAUAAGAAUUUAAACCCACCACCCGGAACACAGCGGACAUUCCCGACCCUCCUGCUCUACGACGCGAAAGGACUGAAGCUUUUCGAGAAGAUAACAUACCUGGAUGAAUAUUAUCCCACCAAUGCCGAGAUUGAAAUUUUGACAAACCAUGCGGAACGGAUAGUUGAGCGCAUUCCAGAGAAUGCCCAGUUGGUGGAGCUUGGCAGUGGAAACUUACGCAAGAUCGAGAUUUUACUAAGAGAAUGUGAACGCACAGAGAAGAAAGUGGACUAUUAUGCGUUGGACCUUUCAUUGGUGGAGUUACAGCGAACUUUUGCUGAAAUCUCACCCGAAAGGUUCACGUAUGUGGGAUUCCAUGGACUCCACGGAACAUAUGAUGACGCAGUUGGCUGGCUCAAAAGCCCCGAAAAUCGGAAACGUCCUACGGUUGUCAUGUCUAUGGGAUCGUCUAUAGGCAACUUCGAUCGCUCCAGUGCCGCAGAAUUCCUCGGUGGCUUUUCUGAGCUACUGGCACCGUCAGACUCUCUAUUGAUCGGCUUAGAUGCAUGCAAAGACGAAGAGAAAGUGUUCAGAGCUUAUAACGAUUCUGAAGGAGUUACACGCCAGUUCUAUGAAAAUGGUUUGCUACAUGCCAACACGGUUCUUGGCUUUGAGGCUUUCAAGCUUGACGAAUGGGAGAUAUUGACCGGAUAUGAUACCCGCGAAGGAAGACAUCAAGCUUGUUAUUCUCCUAAAAUUGAUGUCAUUAUCAAUGAGAUCAAAAUUGCCAAAGGAGAGAAGCUUGUUUUCGAGGAAGCGUGGAAAUAUGGGCGUGAUGAGCGUGAUUAUCUAUGGCGGAACGCAAAUCUAAUCCCCCAAGUCGAGUUUGGUAAUCCCACCGACGAUUAUCAUGUUCACCUGCUAUCACCGGCUGCCCUUGAUGUUUCAAUGGAUCCUUCAAAGUAUGCAGCUCAGCCAAUUCCUACCAUUGAAAAUUUCCAAUCUUUAUGGACGGCCUGGGACCUUACGACCAAAACCAUGAUUCCACGUGAGGAGCUUUUGUCAAAGCCAAUCAAAUUGCGGAAUGCUCUGAUCUUUUAUUUUGGUCAUAUACCGACUUUUUUCGAUAUCCAUCUGACCCGGGCCUUGCAGGAGAGGCCUACCGAACCUGCUUUUUAUCAGCAGAUAUUUGAGCGUGGUAUUGACCCAGAUGUCGAAAACCCAGAACAAUGUCACAGCCACAGCGAAAUACCUGAUGAAUGGCCAGCAUUGGGUGAAAUUUUGGAUUAUCAACAAAGAGUCCGAAACCGUGCACGAUUGAUUCUCCAGGAAGGAUACGCAGAUGAGGACCGUAUUCUCGGAGAGGCCCUUUGGAUUGGCUUUGAACACGAAGCAAUGCAUCUUGAGACUUUCCUCUACAUGCUGCUUCAAAGUGACAAGACACUUCCCCCAACUGGAGUCGCUCGUCCCAACUUUGAGCAAAUGAGUCACGAAGCCAAAAUAAAUGCAAAGCCUAACAAGUGGUUUAGCAUUCCUCAGCAGACCUUCAGAGUCGGAUUGGAUGACCGUGAUGGAGACUAUAUGCCAGAACGGUCUUUUGGAUGGGACAAUGAGAAACCCCAAAGGCUGGUGACCGUGCGUGCGUUUGAAUCCCAAGCACGCCCCAUCACGAACGGCGAGUAUGCAAAGUAUCUGCAGGCCAAGGGCAUCCAAACAUAUCCUGCCUCUUGGAUUGUCAUCCCGGGACAAGGUAAUCCAAUUUCAAAAGGCAUUGGUUCUUCAGCCGCACAGGCUGGUUCUAGUGCCACUCCAGCAGGAUUCCUUUUGGAGACCAUGUCCAUUCGAACUGUGUUUGGACCAGUGCCCUUGAAGCUGGCGCAGGACUGGCCGCUGAGUGCUUCAUAUGAUGAAGUAGCGAAUUAUGCAAAGUGGAUGCACUGCAGAAUUCCAACUUGCGAUGAAGCCAGAAGCAUCUAUCUGUACUCAGACCAACUUCGGAACUACCGGGGUGAAAAUGGUCACAGAAAUGGGGCCAAUGGGUUCACUACUGAUGAUAGUAAGCCUCACUCUGUCGAACAAACAACCUAUCGUGACCUCAGUGGUUGUAAUGUUGGCUUCAAAAACUGGCACCCUGUUCCAGUUACCCCGAAAGGCGACCAGCUUGCUGGCCAAGGUGAUUUGGGAGGCGUCUGGGAAUGGACCAGUACUCCAUUGAUGCCACACGAGGGCUUCAAGGCUAUGGACAUCUACCCCGGAUAUACCUCUGACUUCUUCGAUGGAAAGCACAAUGUUAUACUCGGAGGCUCAUGGGCUACUUUGCCCCGAAUCGCUGGCCGGACCACCUUUGUCAAUUGGUACCAACACAACUAUAUGUAUGCUUGGGCAGGUGCACGCCUAGUCAGGGAUCUAUAG